AGACAGACUGGAGAGGGUUCCAAGGAGGGCCGGGAUGAUGGUCAAAGGGCUGGAGAACCUUCCGUAGGAGAAAAGACUGGAGGAGUUGUGUCUUCUCCCUGGAGAGCAGAAGGUUUUGGGGGGGACCUCAUCACAGUAGUCCGGUACUCAAAGGGUGGAGGCUUUCAGGGAGCCACGUGGAGAAGACAAGGGGCAAUGGGUACAAGUUGCACUGGGAGAGGUUUCAUCUCCACUUAGGUUGUACAGCGAGACCAGUUGUUAACUGGAAGAACCUCUCUGGGGACCUGGUGGAGUCCCCAGUGCUGGAGGUUCUCAAGAUGAACCUGGGUGGGGAGUGAGAUAAUCCCACCAAGGGUCCCUUCUCCACGGAAGUUUGAAGCUGGAUCUUUCCAGGACCAACCUGAGCUCUCCUACGGGUCUGUGGUUGACAGUGUCCAACCCUGGGGACUUCCCAGGUGCCACCCACCAGCUCUGACCCGGGCACGCUUGUCCCUGCUUGAUUCACACGCUGCUGGGAGAACGUACUCGAUGGCCUCCACCCACCUCUGAACCUGCUGGGUGGUUUUGGGCUUCCCCUUGCUGUGCAUGGCGGUGCAGACCGAGGUUGAACGGAGGGUCAUCUUCUGGGCAGGGUUUCUUGAUGUCCUCCUGGAGGUUCCUGCUUGGCCUCAGAGAGGGCGACCGCCCCCAAAGCUGAUGUUUGGUCAAACCCACCUUGUUUGCCAUGAAGGACAGAUGUCUUCACCGCUCCGCCCAGCCGUAAAACACCCCGGGGGGCUGGAAAGCCCCGGCCGUGGGGCAGGGCGUCGUCUUCAUCCAUCCAGCCCCGUGAGAGAACGGGGGUGAGAAACCCAACGUGGUGUCACCCUACGUCCCCAUCAAACCCGAGUCGGCUCUUCGGUGGUCACCUUGGGGCGUGCCUUGCUGCGGCACGGUGGCUCGCGGUGCCUUCCCACGGGGACCUCUGCGGCGGGGGGGUCCCCAAAUCGCGCGGCCUCCCUUCUGCUGAGCCCCGGAAGCCACCGGGGCUGGGACAGCCGCUGCGGUGGCCUGGAGACCAAAGGGGGAUGGGACUCAUUUCCUGGCUGGAUUCGGCCCAGUGGAAAUUUCCCAGCGGCGCAGGGGGAAGCGUCAACCCGCGGGAACGCCCCGCCGACGGCUUCCAUAAAAGGGCUGCGGGGCACGGCGGGAGGCAGGAGGCAGGAUGAGGCCGUGCCGAGCGGUGCCGGUGCUGCCGCCGCUGCUGCUACUGCUGGGGCUGACCGGAGCCACCACGCCGGGGCCGGAUGGAUCCACGCCGGGGUUGGUGGGAUCCGUCUCACCAUCCGCGCCGGGGCUCUGGGCCGUGAGCUACGGGGACGUCGUCUCGGCGGCCGUGGAGCUGCUCAACGCGAGGGCUGUCAGUCCGUACGUCCUGCGGCUCCGGGAGGCUCAGCCCCGGCCCGGUUGGGCCGAGGACCUGCGGCAGCGGCAGGAGCUGAGCUUCACCGUCGAGGAGACCUUGUGCCGGGCCCCGGGAUCGGCCACCGCCGCUUGCAAGAUCCGCUGGCUCGGGGCGGUGAGUUUGUGCCGGGGCUCCGUCUUCCUCGAGCAGCAGCAGCCCACGGUGGAGCUCUCCUGCGAGAAGGUGCCCGCCACGCUCAGCCGCAUCAGGACGCCCUGGCUCGCCGGCUUUUUCGCCAGGAUCAAGGGGCAUUUCAGGGGUUUCUUCCAGUGCGGGAAGAUCUGGAUCCGCGACAAGCUCAACCUCAAAAAACCCAAACCCUGAGCGGGUGACGCCGUGUGUGUGUGUCCCCCGACUCCGCACACCACCCCCCCAAGCUCUGCUUGCAAUAAACUUC